UAUGUGGUACUCAAAUGUGCGAAUACUGCUGCGGGUGUUCAUCGAGGUCACAAAUCGUUUUUUAGUGUAAGAGUGUCUGGUAUUGCUCAAAAAAGGUUGAGUUUGCGGCUAAUUGAAACUGAAGUCUGAAGCGCUGACGUUAUGUCUACUAGUGUCAAAAGGAAAACUGGUAAGAGUGGCUAUGAUUGGUACAAGUCAAACCUCACUCCAGGCUUGGACUCGACUCGCGCUCGUUAUUAUAGGCCCACUCACAAACCCACAUGCUACGAAACCGAUCGCCCAUCUGGGUCAUUUAAAUUCAUACGAAUGCUCACUUCAAAUCCAUUGAUCAUGGAACUCCUCAAAGUUAGUAUUAUCUUCAACUGUGGCCUACUCGACAAUCCCAGGAUCGGAAUUGACGUGCCGUUCGUGGCACGUGUUGACAUUGGCAUUGAACCGAGUGACAUUCUUGAUUUCAUUGGAUUGUAUCUCGAUGACAGGACCGUCGGGGAGAAGCUUCAAGGGAUGGUGCAAAUCAACGCCGUCACUCCGUGGUACCCGAGUCUGAUACACCCCCUCACGCCGCAGCGACUACACCUAUGGCGCGAUAUUCGUGCGAAACAUAAUGCAGUGGGUUUCACAGACGAUCCCGUUGGAUUCGUAGACUUCGUCGAUGGUAGCUGUGGGGAGGAUUGGAAGAACGGGAUGACCGUUGGUUUACACAUCCCCACUAUUGUCUUUGACACGGCAAGGAAACGUGAGCCCUUCGUACGUGGCUGUGCUAUCACGGGCGCCCAGUUCAAGCAACCCAUGAGCGCUGUAGCGUGUUUAGAGUAGGCUAUCCGUUCUGAUUCCCGGGAUUUUGGCGGUGGAGCCUCUUACUAUUACCUUGCAUAGGUGUAUCAACGUGCAUAUUCGGGACGAUACACAGAACCAGUUGCAUUUACGGACUGCGAUGACAGAAGAAGACAAGGAAGUUAUUCGUGCUGCGGGUCGCAAUGAGGGCACGUUACGCGCUCGUAUUCU